CAAGCAAUGUGGCCUCAAUUGAUUAUAUAUGGCCGAAUUAAAGACUUUAAGUUUUAUUUUCGUGUGACUCAAGUAUACGUCGCAUAUUUUUUCUCUAAAGACAAAUCAACUCUUGAUAAGUUGAUUGAUCUUUUAAAACAUUAGAAAUAGGAAAAAGUUAAAACUGAAGAAAAAAGUUAUUAACUCUCAAAGUCAAAAUUUCAAAAAACUGGCCGUUUGACGAAUUUUUGCUCUAAUAUAGGGUAAGCAAGGU